GUGCCUUAAAUGAAAACCCAGCCCUUUAACUGUUCCUUCCCAUUAGUUCUGCCUACUGCUCUUUAGUUAGUAUCAUUGCUUGUAUCCCACAGGUUUUUGUACAGCGUCAUUUUUUUCUUGGAAUUAUUCUCUUCCAGAUUGGAUCUGUUCUUCAACAACGCUGCCAAGAUGGUUUGCAAGUUGAGAAAAAUCAGGGUUAUCGCUUCCCUGCUGAGUAUCUGUGUAGCUGCUGUGUUUUUGACCUCUUCCUGGAAUUACCUCAGGCUUCAGAAGUCAAGUUAUUGUGGCUGCAACCAGUGUUUAACAGAUGGUGACCCAUGUAUUAGAGAACGUAUUAUUUCAGCUCCCAAGCCCUUUUUGUCAAUAAAGAAUAAAAUCACAGAGGAUAUUUUCAAUUGGUGGAAGCGCUUACAGGGUGAAAAGCGUAACUUCACUUACUACAAUGAAGCAGUGGACACGGUGUUUAAGGUCAUCCCACCCUUUCCAGACUUUGCAGAGCCCAGCCCUGAUCGUUGCAAGAUUUGUGCUGUGGUGGGGAAUUCUGCUAAUCUGAAGGGAUCACGUUAUGGACCUCUGAUAGAUUUUCAUAAUAUCGUGAUAAGAAUUAACCGUGGCCGUACCAAAGGCUAUGAAGCAGAUGUUGGGACCAAAACAACUUAUCAUAUCAUGUAUCCGGAGAGUGCUACCUAUUUGGAAAACACAACUCGUUUAAUAAUGUUUCCAUUCAAGUCAAGUGAUUUUCUGUGGCUUAUGAAGAAGUUAAAUCCAGGGGAGAAUGGUGCUGUAAACUCAAAGUUGAUUGCUAACAAGAAUCUGGUGGCGAUGCUCAGUCCAGAGUUUAUGAAAUAUGUUCAUGAAGCUUGGCUGGGAAAUAAGGGCUAUUAUCCAUCAACUGGCUUUCUGACUUUUGCUCUCAGCCUGUUCCUUUGUGAUGAGGUCAGUGUUUUUGGGUUUGGAGCAGACAGUGAUGGAAACUGGAGCCACUACUUUGAAAGACUCGGAAACAAAAAAUUGAAAACUGGAGCUCAUCCUGGAGGUUAUGAAUAUGAUGUUAUGGUGCAACUAGACAAGAAGAAGAAAAUCCGUUUUUUUAAAGGAUGGUAAAUUUAGUCUCGCUCUUUAUGUCUCAUUAGUGUCUCUAUUUCAUUCAUUAAACAUUGGGUUACAAGCUGUGAUCUGACCAAAAUCACAUGACUUCUCAGAUGUUCAAUUAUAGAUUAGGAUGGAGUAAUCUUUAAACAGGAAGCACCCUGUCGGAAGACCACCCAAAAGUUUGUGACAUGAAAGCUUCUUAAAAUGGACCCUCCCAACUCUGUGUUUGUAGUUAGUUACAGUUGAAUGAAACAACUUUCACUAAGGUGCAGUUUUUUUUCUCUGGCAGAAACAGGAACUGCCGUAACUUCUUGUAUCAAUGGUUUUGUAUUAACAUAUUAUACACAGCAGUACUUAGGACACAUAAAUAACAGUGUAGGCAGUCAUGUGGCAUUCCAUUUAUUCCACAGUAGACUUAAAAAAAAAAACUUGGUUGGUUUUUGGAACUGGCCCUUUUUUUUUCUAGAUGAGAGAGGGUUAUAUUUAUUCCUAAAUACAAUAUAAACUGUAAGUUGUAAAUAUCUGUAUGGGUGGUCACACAAAACUUACAUUUGUACAGAGCAUGUUCCAAGAUGAUCAGUGAUUCCACAGCAUAGGCAUUGCACAUGGUCAGUAAGUCAGCAUCUAAAAGUAAUUCAGUAAGGAAAAAUGUAUGAAGGGACUUGAAUUGUAUUAGAGGUAAUUCAGUCUUAAUCCAUAAUGGAGUGUGGUGGGUAAUGGCUUUAUUAAGUUUCAGGUUUCAUGUGGUUUGUGUGUUGCCUUCAAAUAUGACUGAUCUGGAUGUAUAUGUUUCCUGUAUGGUGAAAUAUGAAAGAUUUUAACACUUUGAACAUUCUAACUUUGUAAUUUACAGCAUGUUCAUUAAUGUUUACCUGUGCAUUUAUUUCUGCUUUCUCUGCAUGACUGAUACGAUAAUAUUGGCUACUCAAUGUCCCUCGAAUAAAUGCCUCAAAACUA